CUUUUAGCAUAGAGAAUCCAGAUUGUGCACGGUUUUGAUGCCACGUCCACACAUAGCCAUUAACCAAACUCCAAACACCUGAGGACCUCAACCAAGUUUCGGUUUUGCCACAAGCAGUUGCUGUUGUUAAAUUUUCCUGAGACAAAAAAAGCACACCAAGUUUCUAUCUUUAGCUGGAAAAAUUUGGGCUCUUUGAAUCAGAAUACACUUGUCUUUUUACCUUUCAGUUUUGAAGAAGAAGAACAUGGGAACAACCUUAUUUACUAGCUGCAGCUUUUCUUGGAGAUACCACCAGCAGAUAAUUCCUUCUAGUCAUAUGCUUACUCAGUGUUCACUGGAAAAUGGGAUUUCUACAGCAAAAGUUAUUCCUGAUUCAGGAGAGAGUAAAGUGGUUGAUGGAGGAAUUGAGAAAUGGUCUGGGUUGAUGAAGAGAAGAUCAGUUUUGGUUUCUGGGGUUUCUUUAAUCUCCUCAACAUGUUUGGGUUCUCCAAGAGAAGGUUUGGCUGUGGUUAAACAAGGCCUUCUAGCUGGGAGGAUACCUGGUCUGUCUGAACCAGAUGAACAAGGUUGGAGGACAUACCGCAGGCCAGAUGAGAAGUCUGGAGGACAUGGUGUUGGAUGGAGUCCUAUAAUCCCCUACGUAUUUUCUGUCCCUCAGUAUUGGGAAGAGGUUCCAGUAUCAAUAGCAGAUCUAGGUGGGACAGAAAUUGAUUUGAGAUUUGGUAGCUCUAAGGAAGGAAAACUAUUUGUAAUUGUUGCUCCUGUUCUCAGAUUUAGUGAUGGUCUUGGUGACAAUGCUAAAAUUGAACUAAUUGGACCUCCGGAUAAAGUGAUUAAUGCAUUUGGACCUGAAGUGAUUGGUGAAAAUGUAGAAGGGAAGGUUAUAAGUAUGAAUGUAGCAGAACACUCAGGAAGAACAUACUACCAGUAUGAAUUAGAGCCACCUCAUGCUCUUAUCACUGCAACUGCAGCUGGAAAUCGCCUCUACUUGUUUAAUGUAACAGCAAGUGGUCUUCAGUGGAAGAGGCACUACAACGAUUUGAAAAGGAUAUCCGACUCUUUUCGCGUUGUCUAAUUUAAUUCUCUCAUUAAAUGAGAUAGCAUAAAGAUAUUGUUUCUGUAGUGUAAUUUACAACAAUUAGAGGAAAAAAAAAAUACUUCAAAAAUAGUUAAAAGCAAAGAGUAUUGGUGGUAGAAA